AUGACAGUGCACUUAUUCGGGGCUGCAUCCUCCCCCGGUUGUGCUAAUUAUGCGCUUAAACGUACGGCGGACGACAAUGAAGACCAACUUGGAACUAAAGCGGCAGAUACCCUUCGUCGAAACUUCUAUGUGGACGAUAGUUUAAAAUCAACACCCACAGUGGAUGAAACUGUCGGCCUUGUAAAGGAUGUCCAAGAAAUGUGUUGUAAGGGAGGUUUUAAUCUCACCAAGUUCAUAAGCAAUAGUGUCGAAGUAAAUCAGUCAAUUCCCUUGAAGGAUCGAGCGAAGAAUAUAAAGGAACUUGAACUUGGUCAAGACAGGCUACCUAUUGAACGGACACUAGGAGUGCUUUGGUGCGUAGAAUCAGAUAGUCUUAAAUUUAGAAUCGAGUUGAAGGAUGUACCAUGCACGAGAAGAGGAAUCCUUUCUACGAUAAGUUCCGUUUAUGACCCUUUGGGCCUCAUUGCGCCCGUCAUCCUCGUUGGAAAACGAAUAUUGCAAGAUGUUUGUAGAGGCUCAGAUUGGGAUGUACCUAUUUCUGAUGAUCUAUACUCAAGAUGGGAGAAAUGGAGAAAUGAACUUCAUUUACUUGAGCAACUAGCUGUUCCACGAAGCUUCAAACCAAGAGACUUUGGAAAGGUCGUGUCUAAGCAACUCCACAGCUUAUCUGAUGCAUCGAAGAUAGGUUAUGGCCAAGCUUCGUAUCUUCGCUUAACCGAUGAAAAUGGUCGAAUACACUGCUCAUUUGUUGCUGGCAAGGCAAGAGUUACACCACAGAAAACAGUGUGCAUUCCUAGGCUGGAACUAGCCGCAGCAACCAUAUCUGUCAGAGUGGCUGAGAUGCUAAAAUGCGAAUUAGAUUACGAGGACGUAGACGAUUUCUACUGGACAGAUAGCGAAGUAGUACUUGGCUUUAUCAACAACGAAUCCAAAAGGUUUCACGUCUAUGUCGCUAAUCGCGUGCAACUGAUACGCGAUCAUACAGCUCCUGAAAAGUGGAAGCAUGUUGCCACGGCAGCCAACUCAGCGGACGAAGCUUCCAGAGGUAUGACAGCGAAAGCGUUUCUAGAGAAAUCGAAGUGGAUCACUGGCCCAGAUUUCCUGUGGCAGACCGAAGAUAAUUGGCCAAAGCAACGAGUUGAGCAACGCGAGCUCGAGGAAGGCAACCCGGAAGUAAAGAAAGUCAAAGCGAGGGCUUCGUCAGUGCGAGAAGUAGGUAUGCUCAAAAGAUUGGAACGGUUUUCUUCAUGGGUACGAGCUAAACUAGCAAUCGCCAAUUGCAUAAGAUACGUUCGAAAGUUGAAAGAAAGGGUCAAAAACGGAAGCAGUACGCCAUCGCCAAUCAGCGUGAAUGACCUAAAGAACGCAGAGGUGGUAAUCAUCAAGUGGAUGCAGCACGAUGCCUAUUCGGAAGAAAUCGAACUGUUACAGCAAAUUCAAGUAACUAAUGAUCUCAAAGAUUGA